CUUUAAUUGCACCCACCGGACGUUUUAUGCAUAUCAAACAAAAACAUGUAUUAAAAGAAGACAACGCGGGUUUUUAGCAAUCUUAAAAUGUUUAUAAAUAUGCGUUCCUCGACGAGAACCACCAGUACUGCUUCGAAAAUGAAGAAGCCGGUUUAUUUCUUGGCGUUUCUUGUUGUUACUGCAACUUUUGCUGAUGGUAACCUUGCUGCGCGAAUAAGACGAAAUGCUAGACAGGAUUAUAAAAUGUGCGUCCCGGAAGACUUACUGCAGCUUUGUAACGAAAUGGCUAGUCAAGAUACCAAAAGUUUGGCCAAAAUAACUUGUAUAGCUGCAAGAGAUAGGAUGGAGUGUAUUGAAAUAAUCAAAGAAAGAAAAGCAGAUUUCCUUACAGUCGAUCCAGAAGACAUGUAUGUAGCUCAAAAUAUUCCCGAAGAAGAUUUUGCAGUAUUUGAAGAAAUUCGAACUAAAGAAGAACCAGAGGCCGAAUUUAGAUACGAAGCAGUAGCCGUUAUUCAUAAGGAUCUAAACAUCAACAGCAUCGAAGGUCUUAAGGGCCUUAAUUCGUGCCACACUGGCGUUGGUAGAAAUGUUGGCUACAAAAUUCCUUUAACCAAAUUGAAACAAAAAGGAAUUAUUGGAAAUUUAGCGGAACCAGAAAUAUCUCCAAGAGAAAAUGAACUUAAAGCAUUUUCUACGCUUUUUAAUAAAGCCUGUAUCGUCGGAAAAUGGUCUCCAGAUGCAAAAAUUAAUUUGAAAUUGAAACAAAAAUAUUCAAAUCUCUGUGCUCUGUGCGAAAAGCCUGACCUUUGUGAUUACCCUGAUGUAUUUUCUGGAUACGAGGGAGCUUUACGAUGUUUGGCCCAUAAUGGGGGACAAGUGGCAUGGACUAAAGUCAUUUACGUUAAAAAGUUCUUUGGACUUCCAGUGGGUAUAACUCCAGCUAAACCGACGAACGAAGACCCUAGUCAGUUUGCCUAUCUUUGUCCAGAUGGAAGUAAAAUACCAGUAACAGCCACUCCUUGUACUUGGGCUGCCAGACCUUGGCAAGGCUAUAUGACCAAUGCUGCUGUAGCCAAAUCAGUAGAUGAUCUGAGAAGAAAAAUUGAAAAUUUGAAUGCUAUUGGAAUUAAAAAUCAUGCUGCAUGGCUGGAAAAAGUUUUGGAGCUAAACGAUAAAUCGGCUCCUAAAGAAAAUAAGAUUAUUUCACCUAGAGAUUAUCUCAAUAAGGCUAAUUAUACAGAUGUAGUUGAAAGGGAUUAUGGCCCGCCGUAUAAAACUAUCAGAAUAUGCGUUACUUCUGAGGAUGAAAAAGAAAAAUGCCAAACCCUGAGUAAAGCGGCAUUUUCCAGAAAUAUCCGGCCAAGAUUCGAUUGCAUUUUGGAAGCCAACGUUGAUGACUGCAUGAAGUCUAUUAGGGAUGAUGGUGCUGAUAUUAUUACAUUGGAUGGUGGUUUGGUUGAUUCGGCCACCAAGAACUUCAACCUAAAACCAAUUCUCGCUGAACAAUAUGGCCCGACAGGAGGUUCCUACUACGCAGUAGCCGUAGUGAGGAAAGACUCGGAAAUCCGAUCAUUCGAAGAUUUAAGAGGCAAAAAAUCUUGUCACACAGGAAUUGGCCGAACUGCAGGCUACAAUGCGCCACUCUACACUUUGGUGUCCAAAGGAUUAAUUAAACAAGGAGAUUGUCCAUAUCCAAAGGCGUUAUCCGACUUCUUCAGUGCUGGUAGUUGUUUGCCAGGUGCAAAGAAUGAAAAAUACGGACUGGAUGCACCGAUAUCAGAAAAACUGUGCUCUCUUUGCGCCGGUGAUUUGGAGAAAAACGAUCAGUCCAAAAAAUGCAAUUUCGAUCAGACUGAGUCAUACAGCGGAUAUACUGGAGCCUUCAGAUGUUUGGUUCAAGCUGGCGGAGACGUAGCUUUUGUUAAACAUGUGACCGUGCCAGGAAAUACAGAUGGACACAAUACAGAAACUUGGGCUAAAGACCUUAAAUCUCAAGACUACGAACUAUUGUGCCCCAAUGGAGGUAGAGCACCAGUUAACGAAUAUGCCAAAUGUAAUUUGGCACAUGCUCCACCACACAUGGUUGUUACUUCCAAUACCAAAUCCGACUCAUUAGUCGACGAAAUCCGUAAUGCUUUGAUUAUGGCGAGUACGCAGUUCACGGAAAGACCAGAUCUUUUCAAACUUUUUGGAUCGUUUAAUGGCAAAAAAGAUAUGCUUUUCAAGGAUUCAGCUACAGGACUAAUUUCCAUUACAGGGGAAUCUGAAGUGCAGAAGGAAUAUUCUCGACUUUUGUCUAUUGUUAAUGCUUGCCAUUAAAAAAUUAACGGUUUAAGAAAUAGAUUUAAGAAAUUUGAAUAAUAAAGCUUUACUGUCAAAGACAUUUUUGUUUACCUAAUUUAAAUUUUGACUUUCGUUUCAUUUGCUAAUUAAGAUCGAACACUAAGGGAUUUUUUAUUUAUUUUUUUUCUCCUACAUAUCUGAGUUUACU